AUGUCGGGCACAGAGGCGAGGCAGGUUCUGCGCGCCUUGCUGCGGGCGGUGGACCGCAAUAUAACCGGCGCCACGGGCAACAGGCAGUGGAGGGAAUUUGUGAUUGCCGAGUUCCGGCGUGGGGAGCAGCUGGCAGACCCGGCGGAGCGGGAGCGGGCCCUGCAGCAGGCCAGAGACUACGCCUUCCUCAUACACAGCGUCAGGGAGCACAAGGAGCUGCUGCUGUCUUACAACAUUGGCAUCCCUGUGGAGCGGCGGGAGAAGGACAUGAACGUGCGGGCGGCCAACAUGGUGGGUCUGCAGUUCCCCAAGCUGGAGUGA